CGGAUAUUUAACCCAGGUGAAGGUUACCUCAGACACAUUUAAUUUGAACGUCAAGGGAAGGAACAACUCAUCUUAUUUGGAACUAUGAAAGGUUAUAUCUUUGGUUUAGUGGCAGAAGAAUGAUUUUGUAAGGAGAAAUGGAAACGUAUGUGGAUUCCUGUCCCCAUAACAUCACAGAGGUAUUAGAGUCCUCCGCCAGGCUGGGGUGUGGUCAGGAUAAGUAUGGGAACGAUCAGUAUCUCUGUGUCCCUAAUACAGACAAAACAGGACUUAUAGAACUCUGUUACAAUGGAACCAUGGGAUUAAUAAAAAGAGGCAACUGUUUGGAAACCGAUGGAGAAAAUCUUCACUGGAACAACUGCCUUGGAUUUUUAUCAGGUUGUCCUGAAAAUGAAUAUCGAAGCAAUGAAAUAUACAAAUAUUCUGCAUGCCAAAUCAUCAAUGCACAGCACAAUUGCUAUCUUGCUGAAUCAUCAUGUCCUAAUAUCACAUGGAACAUUGCUACAAGCAACACCACACAGAACUUGCAACCAACAACAUCGUCUCCAGAAACAUCAUCCCAUGUAGCAGAGAUCGUGGGAGGUCUAGUUACCUUCCUGGCAAUACUUACUGUUAUUUUGAUAUUAGCUGUUUUUCUAUGGAAAAGAAAAAGGAGUCAGAAAACUGGGAUACAGGAACUUAGUAUUCGAUAUGAAGAUGCUGAAGUUAAAGAGUUGUUGCUAGUAAAGGGGGAUGAAACCGCAGACAUAAUCAAAACAGCUGAGGAAAAUGACAACAAUACACAAGAGCAAGGAGAAAAUGACGGAGAAAUGGAGGCUAUUAAUGAAAUAUCCAAUGAUCCGAAACAAAUAGAACUGUCUAUUCCUAAAGAUAUUACCAGAGUUGAAGUUAAAGAGUUGUUGCUAGAAGAGGAGAAUGCAACCUUGGACAUAAUCAAAACAGGAGAGGAAAAUGACAACAAUACACAAGAGCACAAAGAGGAUGACGGAGAAAUUGAGGAUAUUGUUGAAAUAUCCAAUGACCCAAAACAAAUAGAAAUGUCUAUUCGUAAAGAUAAUGCCAGAG